GGGUUGCUCCUCAGACCAGGUCCGAGCGCCACAAGAGGAAGACCUCAAUCCACUCUAAUGCUCGAAGCUUAUACUUAACCCAACGUCCAGUUGAGUUUAUCCCAGUGUGUAACAACAAGUUUAUCUGAAUGGAAACAAGAAGACAGGAACUCUGAUAAGUCUUAGGUGCGAACAUCAACUGUAGUGCAAACGUCAACUGACCGUCCACCUACAUCAUCGCUACUGAGACAGUUUAAUACAGUGAUUUACUGAACACUUUAGUGGCCUGCAAGACAAAGGUGACCACCUUCACGAACAAGUCUAGAAAAAGACUGUUUGUGGUGUCAACAUCUCGAGGACUCUACCAACGCCUACCAACCCCCUCUCCUCCUCCUCCCUUCUUCCCCACCUCCUUCAGUAGUGGCUGGUACGCCUAGCCUGUAGAAGUAGCAUCAUGAUUGCCACUGAUCUUCGACGGGAGUCCCUCAAGGCUACAAAGAACGUCCUCGGCUCCCUCAACUCUGCCAUCGCGGACUCACUCGCCCACGGCAAACGGAGUGACAUGCGGCUAAGACUCGGUUGGCUGCGGCGUCGUGGUGAGGCUCAAGUCAGUGUCCGACCUCAACCUGAAGAAGUACAGGGGUGGGCAGAGAGUUUCCACAACCUCAUGGCCUCAAAAUACGGCCAGGCACUCUUCAAGGCCUUCCUCCAGCGAGAGUUUAGCGAAGAGAAUGUGGAAUUCUGGCUAGCUGUAGAAGACUUCAGGAAGACACGGGCGGCCAAGAUGACUUCUAAAGCCACCAAGAUCCAUUCUGACUACGUGGCGGUCCAGUCCCCUAAGGAGAUAAACCUGGACCCCGGUACCCGAGCCCAGAUCGCCAAAUCUCUCGACUGCCCUGAUAAGUACAUCUUCGACGCGGCGCAGAAGAGAGUCCAGGCACUGAUGGAGUCUGAUGCAUACUUACGGUUCCUUCAGUCUGAACUGUACAAGGAGCUCCUCCACCCAGAAUCCUCACCCUCUAACCCCGAGACGUUAUAGGGCCUUCUUGAGGAAAUGUCGCUUAUCUCUGAGGAGGACCUUGACCAGCAGUCGUCGUCGUCUUUACAUACACCAUCGAGGUGAUGAGUUAUGGGACCAGGUUGUUCUCCGGCAGCUACAGCAGCUACUUGAGGCCUCUUGAGUGACUAGUCGAGUCCUGGCCUCGUCAAAGGUUGCGGCCGUGCUGCCCACGUCAUCAUUCCUGUGUGCAGUUAGCGUGUGGAAGCGGUUGCUGAUGUGUGGAUGAUGUGGAACAACAUAAGUUAUUAUUAAACUCGAAGUUCAGUGAUAUUCUUAUUAAAUUUGAUGUAUUUAAUAAUUUAUGAUAUUUUUUUGUAUAUUUAUUUGGUGAAAAAUAUUCUUGUAUGGGAAGUUAUAUUUGUAAAUCUUAUUAAGAAAAGUUUUGAAAAAAUUAUGUUAUCUGUUACCUGAACGCUUCCCAGUCUUAAUUUAGUGAGGCAAGUGUUGAUAAUGUUAUGAUGAUAAAACUACCAAGUACUGUGAAAAUAUACACACGAUGGACGUACGUCACUGUUACCGUUGUACGUGUUGUACUCUACUUGGUGGAGCACUGGCAGGGGCCGGAACACCAGUGUCCGUGGAUGACACUCAGCCCCGGGCUCUGGUGUUCCUUGCCUGUCACGCUCUCUUCCCUUCCCCCCUAGGCCGCCAGCACCACGGCGGCCACCCUGACUGUGAUACCCGGCCGGGCACUGGCGUGGGCCUGUGUGGACGUAGCUAGUCAUGGUGAGGCCCAGAGCGGUUCGGGCCCACCACAGGCCCGGGGCACCACUGUUGUACCCUUGAGCCAACCUCUGUACCAAAGACUUUUCUAAGAAACUGUGUCAGUAAGCUUGAAUCGAGCUCCGAAUGUGUAAUAUAUUUCUUAUUAUAUUUUGUAGUGGUAAAUUGAUGCUACCUUGUUCUACAAGUCAGAUUAUGUAUGCGUAUUUUCCGCAUGAUUCGUACUGGAGCGGCCAUGGCCAAGUUCCCGAGUGUCAAGACAUGUACGAAUGGGCUGAACAUCUGCCCAGGCAGCAGCGGUCACUUAGGCCGACACCUGCGCCUACAGCUGUUACUCAACGCCCAUGUGGGCGUCCAGCUACACUUGUUUACCACCCCCAAACCUCAGUUUCAUGAGGAAUCAGUGUUCAUGCGUGAUACGCAGCUUUGUUGUACCGUAGGUUGCAGAUAGCAACUCACCAGCGUCGGAAAGCUUUUAGACGUCUCCAGGGACCUGACUCAUGUAGGUCCUGCUGGUAGACACCAUGCUUUAAAGACUUAAUUUAUUGAUUAAGUUAUUGAUACUGUUAAGCUUAAGAUGACCAUUGUAACCUUUGGAGGGAGGCGCGCGGGCGUGUAGGGAGGCGUGGGGUGUAGUGAUGGUAACACACACCCCCGCCGCCCACAGCCCGCACCACCUGUCCACACAUGGUAAUGAUAGAUGUUACCAAAUGUUGAUCACAUUCCACAACCCGUCAUAAAGUACCUCUGAUAUGGUGAAUGAUUAUAUUUUAUUUAAUCAAGUUUGACUGUCGAAUGUUGAGAUUCAUGCCCCCCCCCACUGC